AUGUUAGGACUCGGUUCCGUCAAGUUCGACGACCACAACCCCAAUACUCAAGAGGGUCGCGAGAAUGAUGCCCGGGCGUCCAAGUCCGGCCUCGACUACUCGCCGCUGCCACGCCUGACUGGCAAGUCGCUGGCCAUGGGUAUUCUUAUCUCCAUGGGCGGUCUGAUCUUUGGUUAUGACACCGGUCAGAUCUCUGGCUUCCUCGAAAUGCCCGACUUUCUGGAUCGAUUUGGCCAGAUUGAUUCGGAUGGAAACGCAUACUUUAGCAGAGUCCGAUCUGGUCUCAUCGUCUCCCUGCUGUCCAUUGGCACGCUCAUUGGCGCGCUCUCCGCCGCUCCCAUCGCCGACAAAUUCGGCCGCCGCCCUUCGAUUUCCUUUUGGUCCCUGGUUACCUCGAUUGGCUUUGUCAUUCAAAUUGCGUCCGUUUCGGCCUGGUACCAAAUCAUGAUUGGCCGUUUCGUCGCCGGUCUGGGUGUCGGCGCAUUGAGUCUGCUCGUCCCCAUGUACCAGGCUGAGACCGCGCCCGCAUGGAUUCGCGGUGCCAUGGUUUGCGCUUAUCAGCUAUUUAUUACCAUGGGCAUUUUCCUCGCUGCCUGCUUCAACUUCGGCACAUACCACCACCAGAAGUUCAACUCAGCCAGCUGGCGCAUCGUCAUCGGCCUCGGGUGGAUCUGGACCAUAAUACUUGGUGUUGGCAUCCUCUUCUUCCCCGAGACACCUCGAUUCAACUACCGCCGCGGAAAAACCGAAGAAGCCAUCAAAACCCUUUGCGAAGUUCAUGGGGCCCACCGAAAUCAUUAUAUCAUCCACACCCAAAUCGUCGAAAUCGAAAGCAAGCUCCACGCAGAGUCCAAGAUCAAGAUGGGCCACGUCGCCGAGUUCAUUUCAAUGUUCAAAGCACCACGAAUGUUAUACCGUCUCUUCCUAGGCGUUGCCCUGCAAUCUCUGCAGCAGCUAACAGGAGCCAACUACUUCUUCUAUUACGGCGUGAGCAUUUUUAAAUCGGUAAAUAUCGACUCGUACAUUACCCAGAUUAUCCUCAACACCAUAAACUUCCUCGUCACCUUUAUCGGCCUUUAUAUUGUGGAGCACUUUGGUCGCAGGAAGUCUCUUAUUGCUGGAUCUGUCUGGAUGGUUAUUUGCUUUCUUAUUUUUGCUUCAGUCGGCCAUUUCUCGCUGGAUAUUGAGAACCCGCAGAACACCCCCACCCCGGGCAUUGUUCUCAUCGUCUUUGCUUCUCUCUUCAUUGUUGGAUUUGCCACUACCUGGGGUCCUAUGAUCUGGACUAUCCAGGCCGAGAUCUUUCCCUCGCGCUAUCGUGCCAAGGGGAUGGCCAUUUCCACCGCUGCCAACUGGAUUUGGAACUUUUGCAUCGGUUUCUUCACCCCUUUCAUUACUGGAGCCAUCGACUACCGAUAUGGAUACGUUUUCGCGGCGUGCAAUAUUGUUGCAGGGUUUGUCGUUUACUUCUUCGUCAUUGAGGGCCAGGGCCGCACCAUUGAAGAAAUUGAUACCAUGUAUCUUGAGCGUGUUACUCCCUGGAGAAGCACUGAAUGGGUCCGCCCUGACGACGAGAAAAUGGAAGAGAUUCGCCGCAAGGCUGGCAUAGAUGUCGAGGCCCUUGCUGCUCAAAAGGAUGAGAGCUCGAAGAUUGCUGGAGAUCCUCAGGGCGGCGUACGGGUUGACGGCAGCAACAUGGAUCACGUUGAGCGACAGUCUUAG